AUGGCUGAAAUCAUUGCAUCUGAGCUCCUCAAAGCUAUUUUUGAAAAGCUGGCCUCUGAAGCCUUCAACACGUACGAUCGGUCCAAAGGAAUUCAUUCAGAGCUGAAGAAACUAGAAACCACAUUGAUAAAGAUCCAGUCUCUGCUUAAUCAUGCUUCUCAGAAGGAAACAACUGAUGAAGCUGUUAAACAGUGGCUGAACGAUAUCCAACACCUGGCUUACGACAUAGAUGAUGUGCUUGAUGAUUUGGCAACCGAAGAUACGCGUCGUAAGCUCAAUCAGGAAUCUGGAACCAUGACAAGCAAGGUAAGAAAGCUCAUCCCAGCUAGUUUCACAAAUUUAUCACUAAGUCAAAGGAUGCAUCCCAAGUUAGAUUAUAUAACCGCCAAAUUUGAAGAUCUAGAAAAGGAGAAGGAUUGUCUAGGUUUGAUUAAUCUAAAAGAUGAAAAACCCAAAAGACCUUAUCAGACCUCUUUGUUAGAUACAUCUCGUAUUGUUGGAAGGCAAGAGGAAAUAAAGGAAUUGCUAGUGAAGCUAUUUGAGAAUGGGUCAUGUAGUCAGAACUUUAGCAUCGUGCCCAUAGUUGGUAUGGGUGGGUUAGGGAAAACCACCCUAGCAAGAAUUUUGUAUGAUGAUGCCGAAGUUAAGAAGCACUUUGAACUCAAGGCUUGGGUUAGUGUUUCAGAUCAGUUUGAUAUCUUAAAUAUAAGCAAAGUUAUCUUACAAUCUGUGAAGGGGGAGGACAAGGAAUUCACAGAUUUAAAUCUGCUUCAAGUAGCUCUUAGAAAGCAACUUAGGGAUAAAAGAUUUUUAAUGGUAUUAGAUGAUGUUUGGAUUGAGAGCUAUGACGACUGGCAGACCCUAGUGAGCCCGUUUCAUGCAUGUGCUCCUGGUAGUAAAAUUAUAAUGACAACCCGAAAGGUGCAAUUGCUCACAAAGUUGGGUUAUGAUCAUCUAAACCAUGUGCAGACUCUCUCAUAG